AUGGCCGAUAUCAAGAAGGAAGCUGCCGAAAGCGGUGCCGCAACGGCACCCGCGCUCGAUUCGCACGCCCGGCCUACCAUCGCAGACCUCCAUGGCGAGAACCACUUCGCGCAGGUCGCUCGGAAGAACUGGCUCACCGCGAAGAAGCCGCCGAAAGCGCGCCCCGAAGUGAUCAAGCAAGAGCUGUGGGACGAGCUGGAAACGGUCGACUUCGCAUACUCGUCACUUCUUGUGCUCGAGAACCUGCAGCUAUUGGAGCGAUAUCUCUGGCCUGCGUUUAGCGAUGAUGCAUCGAAUUACCACGCCCUACUGGUGGCGCUCAUGAUCAAUGUCAAGAGGAGGGAGAAUCUGCCGUCGUGGGAACAUUUCACAGGCAAACCCGCCGAGUACUCGUCGUUCUUCCGUCGCAUACUUUCCAUGAGCGUGGAUCGUUCACAGCCUAUAAAGAUCCGGACACAGUUGAUAUCGUUCGUUAUUGGUGCGUUUCAAUCGCUAGACAGCGGGUUAGUACGGAAAGAAUGCGCGCCUUUGGUCAACAUAUCGACAUGGCAUAACCUGCACUCGGAUGCAGCGAGGGAAAGCCAGUUUGAGCACCACCAGAUGCUGCGGAAGGCAUGGCGUGCGGCACACAAACGAUUUGACGCCGCCGACGAGGCGCUACAGGCUAGGCUACGCUUCGAGCGGUCAUGGCUGUAUACAUUGAUUCUGGACUUUCUGGAUCGCCUAUACAACAGUACCACGAGACAGGAGAUUCAGGAUAAUCUGGCCUACUGCGAGCGGUUCAUGGAGCUGCUCACGGACCUGCAAAGUCAGCUGCCUACUAGGAGAUAUGUUAACACGCUGCUACGGGACCUGAAUCUGCUUCCGGCAAUUCGGUUAUCGCCCAUGUACACGGAUGAGGACAAUGGUUUGUUCCGGGACCUUUUCAACUUGCUGUGCCAUUUCACGCACUUUCCUAUUGAGGACCAGACGGGAAGACAGCUAUCGAAAUUGGAGUAUGACCAGGAACACUAUGACGUGCUUGCGAAACUGCAGCGAGUCGCGACCGCGACUUUCCCAGAGAAACUCCAGCUCCUGACGUUGGCCAACUACGGAAGCUUGGGCAACCGAGACGAACUCCAGGGUCACGUUCGGACAUUGGAAGACACUGAGCUCGUGCAGGUAUGCUCGUUGAUGGGUUUGCGAACAGACUAUCCCAAAUCGACUUUCCUGGUCCUUGAUCGACCGUUCUUCACCGAGACGUUACUGUCUCUUGUGGAGUACAGAUCUACAUUCAAAGACGUCGUGCGCGACUUGUCAAGUUUACCAACAGAAGACGUGUUGUUUGAGACCACCUUCCUUAGGAACGAAGCGUAUGACGGAUCACGACCAUUGGCUAUACCCAAGCUCAACCUACAAUAUCUCACAAUGGGCGAUUUUCUGUGGAGAUCGUUCAUAUUGUACCGAGCGGAAUCUUUCUACGGUAUCAGAAAAGAUAUGGAGGACAUUAUCAAGCGGGUUCAGCCUCGCGGCAAAGGGGUCACCACGAAGUUUGGCGGCUUCUCUCGGAUGUCCAUACCCAUCUCGAAUCCGGGGAUCGUGGAUGUAGCACCUUCAAAAGUGGGUGAGCAACAUCCUGCUUACGUACGUGCUGAGAUCAUACUCGAUGUCAGCCGUCUACAACACCCCGUGCGUAAAGAGUGGGAAUCAUUGAGACCAGACGACGUUGUUUUUCUGCUUGCGGCCGAAGGACCGGAAGAUCAGCCAAUGCGUAACGGCAACAAUCGGCAGACCGGGGAUCACCAAGGCAUCCACAAACUAAGAUGCGCUCAGGUGGUACAAAUACAAGAUGAAAAUGGGCGUCCUCUACGCGAGAACGCCAAUGAUGAUGGCUUCCGCCGAGUCCGUACGCGGAGAUUGAUCGUCAACAUCGACGCAAGACAGUAUCAGGAGGACAUGGACCGCGUUGCACAAGGAAGGCCCAACAUCUAUGAGCAGAUCAACCUUGUCGCGCGUCGCCGCGGACGAGAGAACAACUUCCGCCCUAUCCUUGAAUCCAUUCGCCGCCUUACGCUCUCGGAUAUUCCUGCACCCUCAUGGCUUCAAGAAGUCUUCCUAGGCUAUGGCGACCCUGCAUCUGCAUCCUACAGACGCUUGUCUACACGCCUGCAUUCGAUAGACUUUCGUGAUACCUUCCUCGACUGGCAGCACCUGAUCGAAUCCUGGCCCGGCAAAUCAGUUGAGCCACAUGAAAGCGCACAAUCCUCCUUUGGGCCUCCAUACAUCGUCCAGUUCCCCGCAUCAGCUGAACCCGAACCGGCAACUAUGCGGACUUCGAAGAAGCGUCGACGCGACCAAAGCGAGGUUGCACAGCCUGUGCAGGAAGAUGCGUCUCUGCACGUCUCGACAUACAAGCCGCCGAAUAUGGGCCCUUACCCUGCAGAUGCACCAAAGCUGAACAGCGUCAGGUUCACCCCUGCUCAAAUUGAUGCAAUCACUUCGGGCACACAGCCAGGUCUGACCGUUGUGGUCGGCCCACCGGGUACCGGCAAGACGGACGUGGCCACCCAAAUUAUCUCUAAUAUAUACCACAACUUCCCGGGCCAGCGGACGUUGCUCGUCGCACACAGUAAUCAAGCACUCAAUCAGCUUUUCCAGAAGAUUGUGGCGCUCGACAUCGAUGAGCGUCACCUCCUCCGUCUGGGACAUGGAGAGGAGGAGCUCGAGACGGAGGCAAGCUACAGCAAGCAUGGUCGCGUAGAGUCUUUCCUCGAGAGAGGAGCAUACUACCUGGCUGAAGUAGAUCGCCUGGCGAAGAACUUCAAUGCACCUGGGGCUCAUAGUAGUUCGUGCGAGACUGCAGAUUACUUCAAUCUGGUGUAUGUGAAGCCAGCUUGGACGCAAUACUGGGAUCAUGUUUCAUCCCCGGAUUGCAGUGUCGAGCAGAUUAUUGCUGAGUUCCCAUUCAAAGAGUACUUCAGCAGUGCCCCGCAGCCUCUAUUUCCUCCUGGAGCAGACCGCGAGCAGAUCGUCGACAUCGCACAAGGCUGCUACCGCCAUGUCGAGAAGAUCUUCACUGAGCUCGAGGACAUACGUCCGUUCGAGAUCCUACGCAACCCGCGAGAUAAAGCGAACUACCUCUUAGUGAAGGAGGCACGCAUCAUCGCGAUGACUUCAACACAUGCCGCAAUGCGUAGACAAGAAAUCUCAUCGCUAGGCUUCCACUAUGACAACGUCAUCAUGGAAGAAGCAGCUCAAGUCACCGAGAUCGAAAACUUCAUCCCGCUCGCGCUACAAAACCCACAGAAUAACGAGCUUCCCCUUCAGCGCGUCGUUCUCGUCGGUGACCACUUGCAGAACUCCCCCAUCAUUCAGAAUCUCGCGUUCAGACAGUAUGCCAACCUCGAGCAAUCGAUGUUCCUGCGUCUCGUGCGGCUGGGCGUGCCGACUAUUAUGCUCGACCAGCAGGGCCGCGCGCGACCAGCGAUCGCAGAAUUAUAUAAGUGGCGGUACCCGAAUCUCGGGAACUUGCCUUCCGUUCUUACGACUCCGGAAUUCACGACCGCGAAUCCAGGGUUUAGGUACGACUACCAAUUUAUCGAUGUCCCCGACUACAAAGGGAAGGGCGAGAGCGAACCGACGCCGCAUUUUAUCCAGAACCUAGGCGAAGCAGAGUACGCUGUCGCGCUGUUCAUGUAUAUGCGUUUACUGGGCUACCCAGCGCAGAAAAUCUCGAUUCUUACAACGUACGGGGGGCAGAGGGCGCUGAUUAAGGAUGUUUUGGGUCAUAGGUGUAAGGGAAAUAGACUGUUUGGGUUGCCGAGGAUUGUGGCGACGGUGGAUAAGUACCAGGGUGAGCAAAAUGAUUAUGUCAUACUCUCCCUCGUCCGCACCCGCUCAAUAGGCUACCUCCGCGACAUCCGGCGCCUCACCGUCGCCCUCUCCCGCGCCCGUCUUGGCCUGUACAUUCUGGGCCGCGCAUCUGUUUUCUCCUCCUGCUUCGAGCUCAAGCCCGCGUUCGACAUCCUGCUUUCCCGGUCUACCCAGCUAAGCCUGGUGACGAAUGAGAUGUUCGAGCCUUCUUUCUCAAGAGGGGUUGAGGAUAAGGUCGAAGAAGGACAAGAAGCGGUCAUGCAGGGGGUCGAGCAUUUGGGACAAUAUGUUUUUGAGAUGACGAAGGCGAAGAUAGAAGCGCUUAAGGCUGGAGGCGGUGAACUACCAACUGCUAACGGGGACGUAAGCAUGGAAAAGGAAGAUGAAGAGGAUGCCGAUAGGGAGGAGAAUGUGGUUAUCAAGGAUGAGGCGGGGUUUGUGGAUGAGGACGAGGCUGUGGACGGUGAGGGUGCGGAGUCGUAG